ACUGAAUUAAGCAGUCAGCACAAGUGAACUACAGACGACAGCGACAGCUAGUUUUUUUUUAUUGGGUUGGUUAAAAAGUAAAGUGAAAACUGCGUUUCUUAUACAAUUAUUUAGCAAGCACAAUCAUGAAAUUCCAAUAUAAAGAGGAGCAUGCAUUUGAGAAGCGUCGCGCCGAAGGCGACAAAAUUCGCCGUAAAUAUCCUGACCGUGUGCCUGUGAUAGUGGAGAAGGCACCGAAGGCGCGCAUUGGCGAUUUGGACAAAAAGAAGUAUCUGGUGCCAUCCGAUUUGACUGUGGGACAGUUCUACUUUCUCAUCCGUAAACGCAUCCACCUGCGUCCUGAGGAUGCACUCUUCUUUUUCGUCAACAAUGUCAUUCCCCCAACAUCGGCAACAAUGGGCUCAUUGUACCAGGAGCAUCACGAGGAGGAUUAUUUCCUGUACAUAGCCUACUCCGAUGAGAAUGUCUAUGGAAUGGAUAAGUAAAAAUCGACUGCAUCUCUCCCUAUUGUGCGGCAAACCAUGCAACAACAAAACCUAUACAGAAAAUUCUUUAUAUAUAUAUAUAUAUAUAUAUAUAUAUAAAUAUACAUACAUUUUACGUUUAGCAUGCAGUUUAACAUAUAAUGCAAACAAAAAACAAAAACAGAAAAAAAAAAAAAAAAACACAAAAAGAACGAUAGCUAAACAAAUUGUGCAGGUCUAAGGUGGUAAACUAUUGACAAAAAAAAAAUCAAAAACCCACAAAAACAACUUAAAAUUGUCUAUAGAAAAUGAGAACGAAAAAAAUUAUAGGACAAAAACAAAUGUUAUGUGAAAAUUAUUUUAUAUAAACAUUUUCUAUACGCGCUAGUAUUUCAGAUUACCUAUGCUUUAACAAUAUUUACUUGGCACCAUUUUGUUCAUUUUACUCUUUUGCCAUAGCUGCGUACCGUGCAAUUUUCAAAUUUUUGUGAGGUACUUCAAUAUCUUUCUUCUUUUUUUUUUUGUAAUAAUACAACAAAAUGUUGUGCAUAUUUAGUGUGUAUGGUUACAAUUAGGACACUCUUGGUUAAGCGUACAGUAAUUAAUCUACUAUUAAUUAAAUAAAUACAAAAAAAGA